CCGCCCUUGGUCCAUCCUCUGCUCAUGCCGCCUCCGCCUCCGUCCCCACCACUGCCCCCGCAUCUCCUCCGCCACCUCCACGGCCGCAAGCUCACCACCGAGCUCCUUGACCCCCUCAUCCGGUCCACCUCCUCCUCGCCGUCUCCCUCCCUCUCCUUCGCCCUCUUCAUCCUCCUCCUCCGCUCCGCCCUCCGCCCGUCCCACCUCACCUUCCCCUUCCUCGCCCGCGCCGCCGCGCGCCUGUCCUCCGCCUCCCUCGCGGCCGCGCUCCACGGGCACCCGCUCCGGCUCGGGCUCCUCCCCGCCGACCUCCACGUCGCCAACUCCCUCGUCCAUGCGUACGCCGCCUGCGCCCUUCCGGACCACGCCCGCCGGGUGUUCGACGAAAUCCCCCGGCCCAACCUCGUCUCGUGGAACGCUCUCCUCGACGGGUACGCUAAGUGCCGGGACCUCGCCGCCGCGCGCAAGGUGUUUGCUAGGAUGCCCCGGCGGGACGUGGUGUCAUGGAGCGCCAUGAUCGACGGGUGCGUCAAAUGCGGGGAACACCGGGAAGCACUCGCGGUGUUUGAGAUGAUGGAGAACGCCGCUGCAGUGGAGGAGGAGGAGGGCGGGGGCGGGGUGAGGGCGAACGACGUCACAAUGGUGAGUGUACUCAGCGCGUGCGCGCACCUGGGGGACCUCGAGCGUGGGAGGCGGGUGCAUCAGUGCCUCAGGGAUCGGGGCUUCGCUCUGAAACUCAGGCUGGCGACCUCGCUUGUCGACAUGUAUGCCAAGUGUGGGGCGAUCCGCGAGGCGCUGGAGGUGUUCCGGGCUGUGCCAGUUGAGAACACUGAUGUCCUGAUAUGGAACGCCAUGAUCGGCAGCCUUGCAGUGCAUGGCAUGGGCACUGAAUCGCUGGAAAUGUUCCAGGAGAUGCAGCGUGCUGCUGUUGCACCAGAUGAGAUCACGUACCUCUGUCUGCUGAGUGCUUGUGUCCACGGUCGUCUAGUGGAUGAGGCUUGGAUGUUCUUCCGCUUGCUCGAGGCGCAAGGGCUCAGACCGCACGUCGAGCACUAUGCUUGCCUGGUAGAUGUGCUUGGUCGAGCAGGGCGCUUGGAGGAAGCAUAUGGUGUCGUUAAAAGCAUGCCAAUGCAGCCCAGUGUUUCUGUGCUUGGUGCUCUCCUGAAUGCAUGUCAUUUACAUGGAUGGGUAGAGCUUGGUGAGGUAGUCGGCAGGCAGCUUGUCCAAUUGCAGCCAGAUCAUGAUGGCAGGUACAUUGGCUUGUCCAAUAUCUACGCUGUUGCUAGGCGGUGGCAAGAGGCGAAGAAAGCGAGAAAGGUGAUGGAGGAGCGGGGUGUAAAGAAGGUCCCUGGCUUUAGUGAGAUUGAUGUUGGUGGAGGGAUCUCCAGGUUCAUUGCGCAGGACAAGACUCAUCCGGGCUCGGCGCAGAUUUAUGACUUACUGAAUCUGAUAGCGAUGGAGAUGAAAAUGAAGGAUGAUGAUGCCAUUUCAGAUUACCUCAGUGCACACUGCUAGAGUGAUGGUUGCACCUGUGGAUCUCUCAAGAAACAACUUCCAUGAAGUAGUUUGGU